AUGAGAAACCACACACUGGUGACUACAUUUAUUCUUCUAGGACUGACAGAUGACCCAAAAUGGAAAAUUGUACUGUUUGCUUUUCUUUUGCUGACUUACUUGUUGAGCAUCACUGGAAAUCUGAUCAUUAUCCUGCUCACCCUGUUUGAUACCAAACUCAACACACCCAUGUAUUUCUUUCUUCGGAAUUUUUCCAUCUUAGAAUUAUCAAUGACCUCUGUCUGCAUCCCAAGAUUCCUGGUCAGCAUAAUAACUAUGGACAAAACAAUUUCUUAUAAUUCUUGUGCAACACAAUUAUUCUUUGGGAUCUUUUUAGGUGGCUCAGAGUUUUUCUUGUUGGCAGCCAUGUCCUAUGACCGCUAUGUGGCCAUCUGCAAACCCCUCCACUAUACAACUAUCAUGAGCAACAGAGUCUGCACACAGCUGGUUAUAACCUGUUGGCUGGCUGGGUUGUUAAUAAUUACUCCUGGACUGCUCAUGGGUCUGGAGCUGGAAUUCUGCGAUGCCAAUACUAUUGACCACUUCUGUUGUGACUAUUCUCCUGUACUGAAACUCUCCUGCACAGACACAAAGGUCAUAGAAUUGUUAUGUUUUGUGUUGGCCAUUUUCACACUCCUGAUCACCUUGGUGCUGGUGAUGUUCUCCUAUGCAAACAUCAUCAGAACAAUUGUGAAGAUUCCUUCUGCACAGCAGCAGAGGAAGGCUUUUUCCACCUGUUCCUCCCACAUGAUUGUUGUCUCCAUCUCAUAUGGCAGCUGCAUCUUUAUGUACAUUAAACCCUCUGCAGAGGAAAGGGUGGCUCUCAACAAGGGGGUAGCUGUACUCAUUACUUCAGUGGCACCUGUGUUAAAUCCUUUCAUAUAUACUCUGAGAAACAAACAGGUAAAACAAGCCUUGAAGGAUAUAGUUAAGAUAAGCAUCUUUACUACCUUAAGACAAUAG